ACUCCAUUGGCUCGUUGCCCUCCCACUUCCUCACGAUCCGUCUCGAGAACCGAGAGGAAAAGUAAUUUCCCUACGCAUACGACGACUUGGGGUGAACGGCUGUUAAUGCGACCUGGGCCCGGCUCUAGAUACCAUGGAGCCCAAAAGGGACCGGGUUGCGAGUCACUUGAUUCGACCAGCGGACACUCAGACGCAGGGGCUUUCCUCACAUGCUGCAAUCCCCACACUGAGAGUCUUCCAAUCACCACAGAACUCGGCCCCUGCAGAUACUCAGCUCCAGUUUGUUAUCCGGACCCCAAAAACUGCAAGCCACGAUGUCACUCUACAACAGCAGCGUGUGCGAUCUCACGUGAUGCGGGGCAUACGGAGGAAGCAGAAGGAAGCCAGACAGGCAGCCCAAAGCUCCGGUGCCGUUGUCUUCCGGCCCAGUAAAGGAAGUAUCAGCUCGUCAAAACCAACGGAACGUCGUGGAGGGCCAAAGGCGAAACGGAAGGACGUCUGUAUGUCCAAAGCAACGCCUUCUCAGGCGGCACAGACAGAAGAUGUUCUACCACUGGAUUCGUCAAGUAUUACCCUCGUACACGCUGGGCAAGCCACAAAGACUACGGUCGUCCAGAAGUCUGAAGAAUGGCCGGCACCGCCCAAUGAUCGAGAAGACCUGCCUUCAUCCAGAGAUGAACCAAACUUUUCUGUAGAUUCUAAUACUGAGAAAAACUUACUAUCCAGACAUGCCUCAUUUAGCUAUUUAGGAACUGGAGUUCUAGAUCCAUUUGACACGUUACCGCUGUACCAGGAUUCGCAAAAGAAAAUACUAAUCCAUCAUUACAUUUCAGUCAUCUUCAAAAGAAGGCUGGCAGUCAGCCCAAGAGUACCAUGGUUCAUGAAGGCGAUGUCGGACCCUGUUAUGCUCUCGGCUGCUCUAGUUCUAUCUGCGGCACAUCAUGCUGCUCUUCAAGGCCACAUGAGUGUCGAGUUUCUUAUAAAGCAGAAAAACGAAGCUAUUUCAUUUAUCAACAGAAGACUAGGGGAUGCGGCUCUUUCCGUCAGUGACAGCACAAUAGCCGCGGUGUCGUGUCUCGCUUUGUGCGAGCGCUUGAGCGGUAGUCCAAGAGUCUAUGAAACCCACAUGAAUGGGUUGGAGCAGAUGAUCAACAUUCGUGGCGGACUGUGGGCCGCUGGGUUUGACGAUACCCUGAUAAACCUGAUAUUAUGGGUUACUGUCAGCGAAUCUCUGUUUACUUUUCGGCAGUUCCGCUUCCUUAGCCUAGAAGACUCGACGCUCCUGUCUGGAACACACCCAUUUCUCGAAAUGGACAGCGAGCCUCGGUCUGGCCAAAGCAUGGCUAGCACGCCACUCAUGAGAGCUCACGGCAUCACGAGGAUUAUAGCCGACUGUUUUGACAGUGUUAUGUCUGUAACGCGCUCCGUAGCAUCAUGUAACGACUCUUCAGAAUACGAUUGUGCAUUCUUUAGCUACAGAGUCUAUCAGAUUGAGCGCCAGCUCAAUUCGUUGGCAAUUCCCGCUGAUGCCAACCCUCAACUCCUUUUGACUCAUGAUCAUGUUCAGGAAUCAUGCAGGCUUGGUUUGCUCAUCUAUAUAUAUUUAAUCAUUCGGGAGCUUCCUUGUACAGCCUCAAUGUUUGAGCAUAUGGUUGGGAGGCUACGGGCAAGUCUGGAGCAUAUAAAUCUCAGUGCGUGGUCUGGGCCUCUCUCAAGACUGUUACUCUGGAUAUUAUUCACCGGUUGUGCGGCAGCUUCCUAUACACCGCAUAAGCCGUGGUUUGUAUCCCGCAUAUCGCGAUUGUGCAUUUCAGCGCAUCUUACGCGUUGGCGAGAAAUCAAAAAUGUAUUAGUAGGCAUCGUCUGGCUCGAAAGUGCUUGUGAGCAGAUCUGCAAACCGGUCUGGGUGGAUGUUAUGGAGGAGACUUUGUCUAUAGGACUAGAGGGAGAUUUUCCCUUAUUUAAGCAUGAUAUUCUCUGUACGAAUUAAGAAAAGAUGCCCC